AUUAACAACUAAAGUGCCUUGAACGUAUGCUCUCUGAUCUGUGUGACCAUGGCGGACAAAGAACCUGAAGCCCUGAAAAUGAAACGGGAGAUUGGGUUGAUUGGCGGUGUAGCACUAGUUUCAGGAACAAUGAUUGGAUCUGGUAUAUUCAUGUCCCCACAGUUUUUACUGGCCUAUGCAGGAAGCCCUGGAGCAAGUCUGGUGAUCUGGGCACUUUCAGGAGUAGUAGCUAUGUUUGCAGCGUUGUCCUAUACUGAAAUUGGGACAAUCAUUUCUGAAUCAGGUGGGGACUUCAUCUACAUACUGAGGAUCUACGGUUCAUGUCCUGCUUUCUUUGCAGCGAUCACUUUUAUCAUGGUUGUGAAGCCGUUCAGCAUUGCAGCAAUGGCAAUUAGCAUUGCAGAGUAUGCCAUGGCACCAUUUUACCCAGGCUGUUACCCUCCACAGCUGCUGGUGAAGUGUGCUGCUGCUGUAGCUAUACUGGUUGUUGCCAUCGUCAAUAGCCUGAAUGUCCGCCUUGCUAUCAGAAUCCAAGUGGUCUUCUUGGUGGCCAAAGUGGUGACACUGACAUUCAUAGUAAUUGGAGGGAUAGUGAAGCUCAUACAGAGCAGCACUGUCAUUGUGGAAAACUUGAAACUUGAGAAUGCGUUUAAAGGGACUCAAUACUCUUUGGGCACUCUAGGAAUGGCUUUUUAUCAAGGACUCUGGUCUUAUGCUGGCUGGUACAAUUUGAACUAUGUCACUGAAGAGCUGAAAAGACCUGAGGUCAAUCUUCCCAGGGCAGUUGUGAUAGCCAUUUCUCUGGUGACUGGCUUGUAUCUGCUGGUGAAUGUGAGCUAUCUGACAGUAAUGACGCCUAAAGAGCUCAUGUCCUCCAGCGCAGUAGCAGUUACCUGGGGGAAUAAGGUAUUAGGGAGCUGGGGGUGGAUCAUGUCUGUGGCUGCAGCACUGUCUGCUUUCGGCUCACUGAACGGGACCUUCUUCAGUGGCGGCCGUGUGUGCUUCGUUGCUGCCAGGGAAGGACACAUGCCAGAUAUUUUGGCAAUGGCUCACAUCCACAGACUGACUCCAUCCCCGGCACUGAUCUUCACCACUAUCAUCUCUCUGGUGGUGCUGAUCCCUGGAGACUUCCAGAGUAUUGUCAACUUCUUCAGUUUCACUGCCUGGUUUUUCUAUGCCAUCACCCUGUCUGGACUCAUCUAUCUCAAGAUCAAAAAGCCAGAACUCCCCAGGCCGUACAGGGUUCCCAUCAUACUCCCCAUCCUGGUCCUCAUCGCAGCAAUAUUCCUGGUGCUGGCACCCAUCAUAGACAAGCCUCAGAUUGAAUACCUCUACGUGACUCUAUUUAUCUUCAGUGGAGUCAUUAUCUACAUCCCCUUCAUCCAUUACAAGCUCUGCCCAGGCCUGUUGACCAAGUUGACAGUGUUCCUGCAGCUGUUCUUAGAGGUCGCACCAGCAGAGAAAAACCUGUGAUUUCCAGUUGUUAUGCUGCUUUCAACCUUUCUGCUAUGACACUCAAACAUUCAACAGCCACUUACUGUGUAGUAUUACCUCCCAUCUCUCCCCUCUACUGUACACACACAGAUUUUAACAUCUACAAGACAAGUGCUGGUAACUGCAGUGUGCUUGUAAAAUUUUCCCCAAAAAGCAUUAAAAAUUGAAUGAA